CUCUCUCUCUCAAAAUAAAUAAAGAAACUUAAAAAAAAAAAAGAAAGAAAGCAGAAAGGAGCAGGUGAAGUACCUUGAGUGCUAAAGAGGAACCCAACAGUAGCUUGAAGGGCACCCCACUGUUGACUCACUUCCAGCCACCACCAGUCACGAAAAAGCAACAGCAACCGCUUUGUGCGUGGGCCGUCCACUCGUGCAACGCAUGCCCCCAGCACCCUGGCCCCUGAAAAGUCCCAAGUGGGGAAAGGAGCCAUGCUGUUCCAGAAUAAGGGGAACGAGGGUGUUACGGGCUGAAUUGUGUCCCUCCAGAGCACACGUGCGGGAGCCCUGGCCUCCAGUACCUCAGGACGUAACUGUAGGUGGAGAUGGGCCCGUAAGACAGGUGACUGAGUCAGGAUGAAGCUGUCAGAGUGGGUCCUAGUCCAAUCUGACUGGGGUCCUUAGAAGAAGAGGACAUUUGAAGGUGGGAGCAGGCACACGCAGACCCUGUGAAGAGGCAGCAAGAGUGCAGCUGUCUGCAAGCCAAGGGGAGGGACCUCAGGGGACACCAAUCCUGUGUGCACCUUGAUCUGGAUUCCUAGCCUCCAGACCUGUGAGGAAAUAAAUGUCCCCUGUUUGAGCCACCGGCUCUGUGGCCCUCGGUUAUGGCAGCCCCAGCAGUCUCAUACGUGGAGCCACUGACUUCCGACCCAUUGACUCCGGACAGACUCCCUUUCACGGAGUUGCUCCUUCUCUGAGGCCAGUGAUGCCCAACCCGGCAAAGGAGGGGUCCGCUCAAGAGCUCACAGAAGGGCGACCUAGAAUGCAGUCCUCGGGUUGAGAAAUGGAAGAGCUCCAUCACCGGCAGAGAGCUGUGGCUCGGGGGGGUCUAGGCGAUUUGCGUUGGGUGUUAGUCUUCAUACUUCUUCCUCAAGUACAAAAUGAAGGAGAAAGAUAUUAAAUGGAGAAAGGUUGGAGGGGGGUGGUUUUUAACCAUUACUGGACCACAGGCCCAUCUAAACAUGUGCAAAGCUCUGGACUCCGAGAAAUAUAGCGUCUGUAUUAGUUUCUUGUGGCCGCCCUAACUAAUUACCACCAACUCAGGGGCUUAAAACAAUUUAUACUCCGGUGGUUCUGGAGACCAGAAGUUCAGCAUCAGUUUCUCUGGGCUCAAUUCAAGGUGUGGGCAGGGCUGUGCUCUGUUCUUUGCCUCUUCCGGUUUCCGGUGGCUGCGGGCACUUUUGCCUGUGGCCACGCCACUCCAAUCCCUGCAUCAGUCUUCAACAUCACCUUCUCCUCUUCUGUUUGCGUCAGCUCUCCCUCUUCUUCUGUCUUACAAGGACGCGAGAUUGCAUCGAGGGCCCACUCAGAUACUCCUGGAGCAUCUCCUGCCGGCGAGAUCCUUAGUCUAACCACAUCUGCAAAGACUCUUACUUUACACGAGGCAGACCGUGGACCCCAGGUAGGAGCGUCCGCUCUGGAGCUGCAUUUCACCCAAGAUAUGCUAUAAACGGAUACGUUGGAGGCAGGUCCAUUUACUAAUUCACCAUCCUCCUACAUCCUCUCGGCAUGAACUACAGCGACUUAACAAAAAUCACACCCAGCUCUUGUCCUAGUCGAUCGGAAUCCCCCCGGAAGCGGGGCCCGGGGAAUCUGCAUUUCUAACCAGCUCCCUCCUCUCCACCCCCCCCCCCCCCCAAUGAUUCUCUUGCAGCCAGACUUGCACCCAUACCUUAGUGAGUACUGGUUAAGGGCCCGGAUGCCCGAGUGCCUUCCUUGUGACAUGGACACGCUACCACCUCCCUCACAGUAAAAGAAUUGUGUGUUUAAUGCGCCGGCCCCAAGGCGCGGAGUUGAGCCAAGAGCGAAAAGAGGGAGAAGCGGGCAAGAGUCGCAAACUCUUCCAGUCCAGGCUCCGAAGCGGCCUUGGACGCCCGCCGGCCCUUCUGCCCACCUCACCCCGCCCCCCUCGGGCGCACAUUUGCAUCCGGCUCGAGACCGCGCGGGGACCCGCCCCCGCGCCCCGUUGAUUGGCCGCGCCGGCUCUCUCGUCACGCUCUUUUGUCUCCGUGGGCCGAAGAUAAAAGCAGCGGCGGCUGCCGUGGGAACCGUGCUGUCUGGACUCAGCUACCCUUCGCUGGUGGCGGGGGGCGCCGUGCGGAGCAGCUCCGCGGGCAGCUCCGGGUCGCUUAAGCGGCCGGGGACGUGCCCGUCCUCUUCCCUCGCAGGGCCGCGGAGACCGGAAGGCGGCAUCCGCAGCUGGCAAGGCCCGAGGGUCCGCAGCCCACCGAGCCGAGCACGGGCCAUCAAAGCCGAAUCCGAACUUGAAUUCUGUGCGGCUGAUUGCAGAGCUGGUCUCGGAUCGGCGACCCCCCGGUGGACAAAGAUCGGCUGUUAGCCUGGAGACGAGCUUUCUCGCGGAGGCCACCGGUUGCAGAAGCUGGAAGUGAAAUAAAGGCGCGCGCGCGCCCGUUCCUGCGCUCCUCCCCUACUGAGAUAGGAGAGUCCCCCAGCACGCCUGCACAUUAGGCUAACCCACAAAGCCUGAGCGUCUUGUUCCAUUCGGACACCCCGAUCGUCAUCAGUCAUGGCUAGCAUCAUUGCGCGCGUGGGUAAUAGCGGGCGGCAGAACGCACCCUUGCCGCCCUGGGCCCAUUCUAUGCUGAGGUCCCUGGGGAGAAGCCUCGGCCCUUUAAUGGCCAGCGUGGCAGAGAGAAAUAUGAAGUUGUUCUCGGGGAGGGUGGUGCCAGCCCAGGGGGAAGAAACCUUUGAAAACUGGCUCAUCCAAGUCAAUGGGGCCCUGCCGGAUUGGAAUAUGUCUGAGGAGGAGAAGCUCAAGCGCUUGCUGAAAACGCUUCGAGGCCCCGCCAGGGAGGUCAUGCUUUUGCUGCAGGCGGCCAACCCCAAUCUAAGUGUGGCCGAUUUCUUGCGUGCCAUGAAAUUGGUGUUUGGAGAAUCGGAAAGCAGUGUGUCGGCUCACGGUAAAUUUUUUAACACCCUGCAGGCGCAAGGGGAGAAAGCCUCCCUUUAUGUGAUCCGUUUAGAGGUGCAGCUCCAGAAUGCUAUUCAGGCGGGGAUCGUAGCUCAGAAAGAUGCAAACCAGACCCGCCUGCACCAGCUCCUUUUAGGGGCCGAGCUGAACGGGGACCUGCGCUUUAGGCUGAAGCAUCUUCUCAGGAUGUAUGCAAAUGAGCAGGAGCGCCUCCCCAGUUUCCUCGAGUUGAUCAAGAUGGUCAGGGAGGAAGAGGAUUGGGAUGACACUUUCCUUAAACAGAAACGGCCCAAAAGAUCCGAGUCACUGGUGGAGAGGGCCACCAGCCUGAUGGCAUUUCAGGGCUCCCCGCAGAUAGUGGUCGGCAGUCCCGACUGCAACGUGAUAGAGAUAGAUGAUGCCCUCGAUGACUCAGAUGAGGAUGUGAUCCUGGUGGAGUCUCAGGACCCUCCACUGUCAUUCACGGCUUCUCCGCUCCCCAGACGCAGGGCCAGACCUCGGGACCAAGUGCUAGUCAUCGAUUCCCCUAGCAGUUCCCGGGCUCAGUCUCCUUCCACCAGCGGGGGUUCUGGGCAUAAGAAUGAUGGUUCUAGGCACCUGCGUAGAACCAGGAAGCGAAAACACACAAUCCGCUGCUCCUACUGCGGCGAGGAGGGCCACUCAAAGGAAACCUGUGACAAUGACAGCAGCCGGGCCCAGGUGUUUGAGAAUCUGAUCAUCACCCUGCAGGAGCUGACCCAUACAGAGGAGGAGGGACCCAGAGAGGCCCCUGGCCAACAAGAUGACCCUUCUGAGCUGCAGUGAGCUGGUGUCCCCUAGCCUUAAAUGAACCCUAACCCACAUUCUGAGUCCAGCAAUGGGACAACUGGGGAGGGGCGCUUCUAAUUGCAUGAAUCCACAAAGCAGCUUUCCUUUGGGAGUGGAGUAGAGAGGGUCUUGAAUACCAGCACAGUGGAGGGAGACAGCCUGACCUCUGUCCUUGCUUCCCCAGCCCCCCUGCCUAAGGGCCUGUUUUCUUUGUGCGCGCAUUUCCUCGCCGGCUCUGUUCUCUUUGUGAAAGUGGCAUCAUUCAUUGUUAAAUCUUCAAACAAAGAAAAGUACAAGAAAGUAAAGUACAAGUUACCCCCAGCUCUCCGCCCCGAUCUAACCGGCGUCAUCCCUUUGAUGGACGUCCUUCUAGAUACUUCCCUAUACCUGUGUACCCAGAUAGAUGUAUGUAUAGAUAAAAAUGAUCACAUAGAAGUGCUGUUCUAUAGUCUGUAUUUUUUCACCAAAUGAUAUAUGUCGUGGGCUUCUUUCUAUGUCAAUAAAUAUUUAUCAGCAUC